GUGCAACAACUAUAUUUAAUGUAUUGGGACACCCCUCCAAAUCACUGAAUUCAGGUGUUCCAAUCACUUCCAUGGCUACAGGUGUAUAAAAGAAAACUGCUUCUACAAACAUUUGUGAAAGAAUGGGUCGCUCUCAGGAGCUCAGUGAAUUCAAGCGUGGUACUGUGAUAGGUUGCCACCUGUGCAAUAAGUCCAUCUGUGAAAUUUCCUUGCUACUAUAUAUUCCACGGUCAGCUGUUAGUGGUAUUGUAGCAAAGUGGAAGCAACUGGGAACAGCAACUCAGCCACGAAGUGGUAGGCCACGAAAAAUGACAGAGCGGGGUCAGUGCAUGCUGAAGUGCACAGUGCGCAGAAGUCUCCAACUGUCUGCAGAGUCAAUAGCUAAAGACCUCCAAACUCUGUGUGGCCUUCAGAUUAGCACAACAAUAGUGCAUAGAGAGCUUCAUGGAAUGGGUUUCCAUGGUUUGAGCAGCUGCAUCCAAGCCUUACAUCAGCAAGUGUAAUGUAAAGCAUCUGAAGCAGUGGUGUAAAAUACGCCGCCACCGUACUCUAG